AUGAUGCUCCACGAAGACUUUUGCGGCCACCGCGGCGAGCUCGCGCCCGGCGACCUCCAGUGGAUGUGCCCUGGCCGCGGUAUUGUCCACUCGGAGAUGCCUGCGAGCCGCAACAAGCCCGCGAUUGGCCUCCAGCUCUGGCUCAAUUUGCCCAAGUCGCUCAAGAUGACCGAGCCGAAAUACCAGGAGAUUCCGGCCAAGGGUCUCCCGCGCGUCAAGGAAGGUAACGUCGAGGCGAUCGUGAUUGCGGGCCAAGCCAUGGGCGCGACCGCCAACGUCUUUACCAACGUCCCGAUCACGUACGUCCACUUUAUCUUUUCCGGCGCAGCGUCGCACUCGCAUGCGCUGCCGAAGGACCACAAUGCGUUCGUGUAUAUCAUCUCGGGCGAAGGCUCCAUCGGUGGCACGCGCGUCGAGCCGCACUCGGUGGUUUUGCUCUCGGCGGACGGCAACGAAGACGGCGUCACGCUCGAGACCACGGGCGACAUGCAGUGCGUCGUGCUCAGCGGCAAGCCCAUCAACGAGCCCAUCGAGCAGUACGGUCCAUUUGUCAUGACGACGCGCGCCGAGCUCCAAGCAACGAUCCAAGACUACAACUUUGGCCGCAACGGCUUUGAGAACGCACCGGACUGGAGCUCGUCGAUUGCCGAACUCGCAUACAAGUAGACACCACUCGUAGCUUUUUCGAUUAUAUUUGACUUUGCAUGACCAGCUUCGAUUGUUUUCUCCUCGA